CGUUCAAUUUGAUUAAUCCCUACCAUGGAAGAGUUAAAUGUGUUUGGUGAUGACUUUUUGUCAAACGGUGAAUUUCAUCAUUUGUACACAACAUUUGAUAGUCAAGGCGAUAUUUGUUUGUGGGACAAUCGAAUCGAUUUCGAUUUUCAGUCAAAGUGGAAUUCUGCAAGUGAUUUCAGUAGUGAACCAAGCAGCUACUCUAACUAUAGUCCUUGUCAAGUAACGGGCUACAUCAAUUUUGUAGAUAAUAAUAGUUUUGGUGAAUUUGCUUCUCAUAAUCAGCAUUCGACAAGUGGUGAAAGAGAUCAAAAUUAUGCAGCAGUAUCGACGGAUAGUUUUCUCGGCGACAUUUGUGACAUGGAUGAAUGGAAACAAAAUCACAUGGAUGAUUUGCUGUAUCAUUCGAACAAUAAUGACUGGGAAUUGAAUCUCGAUAAUUUAAUCAUGGAAAAUCCAUAUGAGGAUUCUGUGUUCAAUGUGUGCGACUUACCAGCUCGAACUUUGUAUUGCAACGAUUCAUGUACCAAUUUUCUGAAAGAAACAUCCGAGCAUCUGGAUACCAGCCUAAGGACAUUUCAGCCCAAUUCAACAUAUGAAGCAACCACUUCGAAUGCAACGCAUUCCAACUACAACACAAAUGAUCGUAAAAAAUGCCCAACAAAUGGCACGGAAGAAAAGGAGUUUAUUUGCAAUUACGGCGAAUGUCGAAAGGUUUAUGCGAAGGCAGGCCACCUGAAGGCACAUAUCAGACGUCAUGUUGGAGAUAAACCCUACGUUUGCCAUUGGCCAAAUUGUACGUGGAAAUUUUCACGCUCUGAUGAACUAAGCCGUCAUCGUAGAUCACACAGCGGAAUUAAGCCAUACCAAUGCGAUCUGUGUCCCAAGUGCUUUUCACGUUCUGAUCACCUAACAAAACAUCGUAAAGUUCAUGAGCGAAAAAUGGCUGCGAUGAAAAUUAAAGCAGUAUGGACGAAAUUACCACCACGAAAACCCGGUCGCAAACCAAAAUCACAAACGAUGCAGCAAUAGAUUUGUUUUUAAGCUCAAUUUUUAACGGAUUCUUGGAAUGGAACGGACACCGUUUGAAUGUGUACUAAAAAUUAAGUCAAUACAAAAUUGUUAUUGUAAUGUAGAUA